AUGUUCACCUUCCGGGCAUUCCAGCGAGCUGCCAGCCAAGCAGCUCGCCAACGCUUUCCACCAAGCUCCCAAACUGCUCCCAAUUUCAAACAAGCGCCUCGCUUUCAGCCACGGCGAUAUGCCUCUUGGGGUCCGAGGUCACGUUACAGGCGAUUUGACGAUGGAACCGGGUAUGGACAGGGACAACAGCGAAAGGGCCAGCAGUGGAGCAACUUUGGUCCCGUCUAUCGUAUGCAGUACCUUUGGCGGAAUUACCAGACGCCACUGACUGUGGUUGGUGUGGGCGGCGGAGCAUUCUAUGUCUACAACCUCGAAGAGGUCCCCGUCACUCACCGACGACGCUUCAAUAUGCUGUCUCCCACGUCAGAGAAGGAAUUCUUUGGUUCUGCUGAAAUGUACAAAUCUGUACUAAAAGAGUUCCAAGGCAGAAUUCUUCCAGCCGACCACCCUCUAACUAUGCAGGUCGCCAAAGUUGUCGAAAGGCUGCUUCCAACUACUCGUGGUCUGGCGGGUGAUGACUGGCGGGUGCAUGUCAUUAACGAACCUCGGGAGAAGAAUGCUUUUGUGAUGCCCGGCGGCAAAGUUUUUGUCUUCUCAGGCAUUCUACCUAUUUGCCAGAGCGAGACUGGUCUUGCUGCCGUCCUGGGCCAUGAGAUCGCUCACAAUGUCGCCCAUCACGCUGCCGAGAGGGCGUCAAGGUCCAGCAUCAUCCUUCUCGCUGCCUGGGCCGUGUCUCUCGUUUUUGAUAUCAGCGGCCAAUCUGGGAGGGCUAUCGCUGACCUGCUGUUAUCUCUUCCGAACUCAAGGACGCAAGAAGCGGAAGCAGACCGGAUUGGCCUUCUGAUGAUGGCCGAGGCUUGCUACGAUCCUCGAGGAGCUUUGGACUUCUGGCAACGCAUGAAGCAAGCUUCGGAAUUGGAACCUCCACAGUUCUUAUCAACGCAUCCGAGCCACACCAGCCGUGCAGAGCAGAUCAAGAAGUGGCUCCCAGACGCCGAGAGAGUCUAUGCUGAUACAGGAUGCGGUACUGCAAGCGGAUUCGAGGACGCGUUCAAGCAAGCUCUUACGUUCCAACGGCCCGGAAGGGAGGGCCAAGUUAGACAGCAACGUCCGAUCAUGGUAGGACGGGAUGAUGACGACGACGAUUUCUUCUGA